GGCCCGCGGGCUCAGGGCCCCAUACCAGGCUCUGCCACUGCCCACACUGGUCCCUCCUCCUCCUCCUCCCACCUCGCCGGCACCAUGAGCGGCCGCGUCGGAGACCUGAGCCCCAAGCAGGCGGAGGCCCUGGCCAGGUUCCGAGAAAACGUCCAGGACGUGCUGCCUGCCCUGCCCAACCCCGAUGACCACUUCCUCCUGCGCUGGCUCCGAGCUCGGAGCUUCGACCUGGAGAAGGCAGAGGCCAUGCUCCGCAAGCAUAUGGAGUUCCGGAAGGCCAUGGACAUCGACCACAUCCUCGACUGGCAGCCUCCGGAGGUGGUCCAGAAGUACAUGCCCGGGGGCAUGUGUGGCUACGACCGGGACGGCUGCCCCGUGUGGUACGACAUCGCCGGGCCCAUGGACCCCAAGGGCCUGCUCUUCUCGGUCACCAAGCAGGACCUGCUCAAGGCCAAGAUGAGGGACCGCGAGCGCAUCCUGCGCGAGUGUGACCUGCAGACGGAGCGGCUGGGGAAGAGGGUUGAUACCAUCGUGAUGAUAUUUGACUGCGAGGGCCUGGGACUGAAGCACUUCUGGAAGCCGCUGGUGGAUGUGUACCAGGAGUUCUUUAGCCUCCUUGAAGAGAAUUACCCGGAGACUCUGAAGAGCCUGUUCAUUUUGAAAGCCACCAAACUGUUCCCUGUGGGCUACAACCUCAUGAAGCCCUUCCUCAGCGAGGACACGCGCAGGAAGAUUGUAGUGCUGGGAAAGAACUGGAAAGAAGGUUUGCUGAAAAGCAUCAGCCCCGAGGAACUGCCUGUCCAGUUUGGGGGGACCAUGACGGACCCAGACGGGAACCCCAAAUGCUUAACUAAGAUCAACUACGGCGGGGAGGUCCCCAAGUCCCUGUACGUGAGGGACCAGGUGAAGACGCAGUAUGAGCACUCAGUGCAGAUCAGCCGCGGGUCCUCGCACCAGGUGGAGUACGAGAUCCUGUUCCCGGGCUGCGUCCUCAGGUGGCAGUUCUACUCGGACGGGGCAGACAUCGGCUUCGGCAUCUUCCUGAAGACCAAGAUGGGGGAGCGGCAGAAGGCGGGCGAGAUGACCGAGGUGCUGCCCAGCCAGCGCUACAACGCCCACAUGGUGCCCGAGGACGGCAGCCUCACCUGCUCCGAGGCCGGCGUCUACGUCCUGCGCUUCGACAACACCUACAGCUUCGUCCACACCAAGAAGGUCAGCUUCACGGUGGAGGUGCUGCUCCCGGACCAGGGCAUGCAGAAGUAUGAGGAGGAGCUCACCCCCAUCUAGGUGCUGCGUCCUGCGCAGAGACCUCGGACCCUCCGCUUUUGUCUACGUCUGUCCCGUCCUCCCGCCAGACACGGAUCGUUAGCUCCCCUGACCCUGACAGUAGCGAGUAGAGAAGGAGGAAGAUUUUGGAGAAGGUUCAGAGGCUGCGGUCACAUCAGGAAAGGUAUGAGAGGCACAGCCUUGGAGGAGGCCAAUGUCGCAGAAGAGAAAGAAGCGAGGGUCAAAGCGAGAGGCAGAGGUCGAGGAAACCCCAGAAGUAGGAAAAGGAAUCUCCUGCCCUUGGCCCUCGCAUCUCCUUCGAUGCCUGAAUUCCUUCCCUGAGAACUAUGAGGCCGGCUGGC